GUCUCUGUCAGAGAUGACACGAGCUGCACCAUCCAUGCACCACUUCCGGUCCUCUGCAGGGGACAUCCGUCCUACUGUGGGGCCUUGUAGGAAUGGGCUGCUACCAGGUGGUGGCAAGCCAGAUUGAAGAAAGCCAAUCAGAUCCAUGGCAGGCCUUGUCUUGUGCCCUCUCCUAGGACAGUCUGAUGAGGAUGACUAUUUCUGGCUCCUUUCUUGAAGGUGCAAAAAAGCAGUAAAGGCAAAACAAGGAAAUAGGGAAAGGACGGACUUGUGCGACCUGGGACUUGACGGCAUACUGCCAGUGGCCUCUAAGGACUACAGAGCUUCUGGGGCUUCUGGGGACAGAGGUUUGCAGGGAAACUGUUGGACAACACUUGUCUGUGCAAUGAGGGACCUCUAUUCAGAGGUCAGAGUCUGCUCUGCUGUAAAAAGUGGUGCGUGCUUUCAUCUGGCAUGGAAGAAGUUUUCCACUCCCCCUUCCUGCCACAGAAGAGAGCAGCUUGCACGAGCACAGGCGAUCAGCGGCCAACAGAGACGAUGCUGGCACCGCCACUGCUUGCCAGGGUAGCCAUGCUCAGUGGGGCCGUAACCACGGGCUCCACUCACUUCCAAGGGUCCUUGUGUCUUGCGCCCUGUGCAGUCCCUGCCGGGGACUACAAAGGUCCUACACCAAAAGUGUUUCCUCCGUCCCCUUCAGUAGAUUAAAAGCAGUCACCAAAACCCGCCACUUGUUCUGGUACUUGGGCUCUGUUUGAACUUGCGGCUUUCUAAAGACUAGCUCAGCUUUCUUCCAGGACGUCUCUCCGCCCGGGAAGGGGAGUGCAGGCAGCGCGACAGCUGAGCCCGUGGCACGAGUCCCAGUGUGACGAUGCUCCGCUCCAGACGGGAGGCUCCCAAGAAAAACACCGACUGCAGCGCGACGACCGGGCAACCCCAGGCGCAGGGCUGCUGCAGCGCUCCCGUUCGCCAGCUCGCCGGAGCGGCUUCUGACGGAAGGCUUUGCCGUACCCACAGGCGCCUGGCAAGGCCUGGUUUGAGAGCUGCUGUCCCGAAUUACCAUGCGAGGAGCGCUGGAGCCUGGGGUCCCUGCUGCCUGCCCAGAGGAGUGCUUGGAGGAGCGUGGCUUGAUCUCCCUCUUGUGGAAAAUUAUUGGAACUAAAUUCGUGCAAUAUUAAAGAGGCGAAGAACCGCAUCGGCUGGCAGAUGAUGGCAGCCAUCACUGUGUCACCUGCCGCUCUCGGUGGCCCCCAAGGAGGAGAGGAGAUGGACUCUCUGAUCGUGCUGCAUUACAAUUACACAGGAAAGCUUAUUCUCAGAGAAAAAGCAACUGAUAAGGUAGACCUGCCAACCAUUGCUUUUCUCAUCCUGUGUAGCUUUAUAGUCCUGGAAAACUUGAUGGUGUUGAUUGCCAUUUGGAAAAACAAUAAAUUUCACAACCGCAUGUACUUUUUUAUUGGCAAUCUAGCUCUGUGUGAUCUUCUAGCCGGGAUCGUUUACAAAGUAAACAUACUUAUGUCUGGGAAAAAAACUCUUAGCUUGUCGUCCACAAUCUGGUUCAUUAGGGAAGGCAGCAUGUUUGUUGCCCUGGGAGCUUCCACUUUCAGCUUAUUAGCAAUAGCCAUCGAGCGGCAUUUGACUAUGAUUAAAAUGAGGCCUUACGAUGCGAAUAAGAAAUACCGAGUGUUCCUGCUCAUUGGAACAUGCUGGCUGAUUUCGGUCUCCUUGGGUGCCUUACCCAUCCUCGGUUGGAACUGUAUAAACAACUUACCGGAUUGCUCGACAAUUUUGCCUCUUUACUCCAAGAAGUAUGUUGUGUUCUGCAUAAGUAUCUUCAUAGCCAUUUUGGUAGCUAUCGUUAUCCUUUAUGCACGUAUCUACAUCCUGGUGAAGUCCAGCAGCCGCAACGUCACCAACCACAGUAACUCCGAGCGCUCCAUGGCUCUCCUUCGGACGGUUGUGAUCGUCGUUGGCGUCUUCAUUGCCUGUUGGUCGCCGCUCUUCAUUCUGUUCCUCAUCGAUGUGGCCUGCAGGGUCAAGGAGUGCUCCGUCUUGUACAAAGCCAACUGGUUUAUUGCUUUGGCCGUCAUCAAUUCUGCAAUGAAUCCCAUCAUCUACACUUUGGCUAGUAAGGAAAUGCGUCGGGCUUUCUUUCGCCUUGUUUGUGGCUGCCUGGUGAAAUCCAAAGUGGCCAGAUCCUUGCCUAUUCAGCCCACGCCAGAUCACAGUCGAAGUAAAUCCAGCAGCAGCAAUACCCAGAAGCCAAAGGAUGAUUUCCCACAGAUGAAUGUUCCCUCAUGUAUCAUUGAGAAAAAUGAAUCUUCAUUUCACAAUGGAAACUUCUGUAAAUAAAAGACUCCUCAAGACAAAGACUUUUCUGUGGCUUUUAGGGUUAAUCUACAAAUGGAGUUCCAAUGUUCAUGCACUUAAAUCAUAGGGGAAAACACUAACCACUUAUUUAACUUUGAGGACUUAUUUAUCAGCAGUCAUUUGCUUUGGGUAUUCAUUCAGCAAUGCACCUGAUUCAGGAAAACUUUUCCUGCUACCCACCCAACAGCCAGGACAGAGUCCGUGCAUGUCCAAUGACAUUGUACACCGCGAUGGCAUUGCAUAUAUGUGGUUAAAUAUGGCACUGCCUGAUCUUGCAAGACAUCUAUAAAAUCUAUCAGAAACAUCACCAUUCUGAACACUGCCAAGGAUCAGAAAAUGAGCCUGAUUAUUGCUGAUUGGGAAAAAGGCUCAUUACAUAUGUUGGCAAUUAUAGUUCUCUAUACGUAUCUUGCUGUUAUGUUAAUGGCCUUACAUGUAUGUGGUAUAAAUAUCUGUAUAUUUGUACAAUUCCUUAUUAAAAAGUCAUUGUUUGGCAAGAGUUUACAAUAUGCUAAACAUCGUAUUGCAGUAUACAGUGUAAGAUGACAGAUUAUACAAGUAGAUAGAUGUGUUUCAAAGAGGAUGUUUGAAAACAUAUGAAGAAGUAGCUUUAAACUGACAGAGGAACUUUAACAUGCCAUAUCAAUGCAGUAUUUUUAUUUUUUCACUGUUACUCAAACUUUUCAUGUUCAUUGAAAGACAACAUGAUGGUUGUCACUGUGACAUUUCACAACUUAUUUUAAACAAACAGUAGUAAAUAACAAACAGUAGCAAAUAACGAUUGAGAAGGGAUAUAUACGUUUGUUAUUUAAAAUAGUUAAAAUGUGACCCAACAAUACACAUAUAUCAAGUGUAUGUACUAUCUCAAUGCAUAUAUUUUUACUUACUAUUUUCAAUGUAUUUAAAAAUGUAUGUCAAACCCAUGUAAACCUGUGUACAUUGUGAAUGCACUACCUAAGCUGAGAUUCUUCAGUUCUGAAAGGGAGAAGUAUCAUUUCAGAAAGCAGUGAACCACAGCUAGGUUUCCUUGGGGAUUUCCUAGUUUUCUCUCCAGGUGCUACCGUGGCAUGGGAUCGUAUUAUGGAUUCGGUCGGGGAAGAAGUCCAGCUAGCAGGACAAGAUCCUACUGUUUGUUGGUGGGACCUUAUGCUUCUCCAACCUCUGGGUGCUUUUGCAGACCCAAGCGGGAAGACGCAGUACAGCAGGAUAACGGUGAGGCGAAUAGCUCCGUAUGUACCCGACCCUGUCUUGGAUCUGGAAUGGGAGCCCAUUCAGUUUGGAAGAUCUUCCACCUUUCCUGGAGCCCCAAACUUACUCUUUAGAGAGGUUGUUCCAGAGAAACCUCUAUGCAAACAACUGCGUGGUUCAUCGCUGCCUUACCAGGCUCCAUUCAGGAUGGUGGUCCGCUUCAGAGGGGGCUCCGGUGACCUGUAAGGGUUAAGACAUCAUAAACAUCUGGGGUCAGGUCCCCAUGAACGUGGUCCAUGGUACUUCCAUCAACAAUACAUCAGGGCUGGAGGCUUCAGUGGAGAUUGAAGGGAAAUGCUCAAAUGAGUUCCGAUCGUCUUUCGACAGGAAUGUAACCAUCCAACUUUCUUGGGCUCUUGUGAAGAUUCCUGUUUAAUGUCUCAAACCACACCUUGCCUUAUGCACAAUCAAAAGUUGAGGGUUUUUUUUAAGUUCACAACUUGUAUAAGUUGAUCCUUAGCUUUACUCCUGUCUCAAUCAUUUAAAGCAACAGCAUUAAAAGACUCUUUCCAAGUAUGUACAGUGUAUAAAUCAUGUAAUGUAUGUAGCAAAAGCCUUUAAAAUAUAGAGGUUUGCAUUGUCAUUA